CAGUCCGGGGUCGACAGGUGAGGAGAGCGGACACGGUCAGAUCCGCUCCUUGCCGAGACAUCUUGUACGUGAGUGUCCGUUACCAGUAUGAGCACGGCUACUACCGUCAUGCCGGACGCAGGAGGAGGUGCAGAAGAAGGGUCGAGGAUAGGAUGGCCGGAUGGACUGGUCAUUGCGGCGUAUUUUCUUUUCGUGUUCUCCGUAGGACUCUGGUCCUCGUAUCGCAACCGAAGUAGUAAUGUGUCAGAUUACUUCCUCGCCUCCAGAAAUAUGCACUGGAUACCCGUCGGCGCCUCUCUCUUCGCCAGCAACAUCGGGUCCGGGCAUUUCAUCGGCCUUGCGGGAUCCGGAGCUGCUUCGGGCAUCGGCGUCGCAGGGUUCGAACAGAGCGCUAUCUACAUCCUCAUGCUUCUGGGUUGGCUGUUUGUCCCGGUCUACAUGAGUUCGGGCGUUUACACAAUGCCCGAGUUUAUGAAGCUGAGAUUCGGAGGUCGUCGAAUUCGAGUCUAUCUCUCAUUCCUGGCGCUGCUGCUCUACAUUUUCACAAAGAUUUCUGCCGACCUGUACGCAGGCGCGCUGUUCAUCCAACUAGCCCUGAACAAGAAUUCCUCGGGGUGGCUUUACCUCGCCAUCCUCAUCCUGCUCGCUAUGGCAGCCGUCUUCUGCAUCGCCGGCGGGUUGUCGGCCGUCGUGUGGACUGACUUCGUGCAGACCAUCCUCAUGGUGGUGGGGGCUUUCAUCCUCAUGGUCCUCUCCUUCAAAGAGGUGGGCGGAUUAUCGAAGCUGGUGGAGGAUUACCCUUACGCGCGAGCGACCCUGCAAGCAACGGACCAUAAUAAUAAUUCCUGUGGAGAACCGUCACCGUACUACCUGUCCCUCCUGCACCCGAUCCAGCCUGGCCUGUCCGACUACCCAUGGACGGGCAUGAUCUUUGGGCUCACCAUCAACUCCAUCUGGUACUGGUGCACAGAUCAGGUGAUCGUGCAGAGGACACUGGCCAGUAAGGACAUGAUCCACGCCAAGGGAGGUUGCAUUCUGGCAUCCUACCUUAAAUUUCUGCCUCUGUGGCUGCUGGUGUUCCCGGGGAUGGCUGCCCGCAUCCUGUACCCCGAGCGCGUGGCUUGUGCAGAUCCCGCGGAGUGUACCAGGAUUUGCGGCAGCGCUGGAGGAUGCACCAAUAUUGCAUAUGCAGAGCUGGUCCUUAACCUGCUUCCUACGGGUCUGGCGGGGCUGAUGCUGGCGGUGAUGAUGGCGGCCCUAAUGUCCUCCCUCACGUCGAUCUUCAACUCCGCCUCCACGAUCUUCACCAUGGACGUGUGGGUGCUGAUCCGGCCGAAGAUCAAGUGCUAUCGGCUGCCGACCAAGCCCACGCAGGCCGAGCUUCUCUUCGUGGGCCGCGCCUUCGUGCUCGUCCUCGUCGGUAUCUCCGUUAUAUGGAUCCCUGUCAUUCAAAACACCGGCAAUUCCCAGCUGUUCCAUUAUAUUCAAGCUGUCUCCUCCUUCUUGGCGCCGCCCAUCUGCGCCGUCUAUCUGCUCGCUAUGUUCUGGAGUAGGACUAACGAACCCGGCGCAUUUUGGGGCCUUAUGAUAGGCCUCGUAAUUGGAAUGCUGCGUUUCAUCGUCGAGUUCUCCUUCACCCAACCUCCCUGUGGCUCUAGCGAUCCAGACCCCCGGCCCGCCUUUGUGAAGUUGACCGUAGGGAACGUGCACUACCUUCACUUCUCGUGUAUCCUGUGGAUCAUCACCGGCCUGGUCACUGUGGGCGUCUCCCUCCUGACGGAGCCCAUUCCAGAGGAGUGCCUGUAUCGGCUGACCUUCUGGACGCGCCACGACCCUCGCAUCAGGCAGCCGUUGGAGGAGGAGGACGACUUUGACGACGACGCCCCGGCCAAGAACGGAGGACCCGAAGCCACCGAGCAUGCUGAGAAUGCUGCCAACGGGAGCAAUGGCGCGCCGCAACAGAUGGAAGUAGAAGGUUAUGCUGAAAACGAAAGCAAAUUUCAACGAAUCAAGAAGUACCUGUGCCGCGCCAUUCCUGAAGCCGAAGAAGAGAGUCCGAAGGUCGUCCUAACUGAAAGCCAGAAGGCUGAAGAUGCUGCUGCCUUCCUUAAGGAGCCGCCCUUCUGGAGAAAUUUCGUGAACUACAACGCCGUCGUGUGUCUGGCUCUCACAACAUUUGUCUGGGGAUUCUUCGCCUAAUGAAACUCGACGUGCUAUGAGUGUGCCGAGACCCCAGUUUGCGGUUAAACUGAUAUUAGAUAGACAUAUUAGAUAGAUAAGUGUACAGUUUUAAAUAUAUAUAUAUAUAUAGUUUAUACGAGUAGCACGUAAGAAACCUUUUUUAUAACAAGAUCUUGUGUAUUUUUAUACAUAGGUGUGUGUGGUAGCAUCUGCGGUGAGCUCCAUAAUAGGUACAGACAACUAAUAAAAUGUCCAGGAAUCUCGUCCGUGAAGCUUCCGUUGGCAUGUGGAACAAAGCUCCGCAUAGUAUAUAAAACAGUCCACGUGGCUUUUAAGCAUUUCGAAACGUAUCGAGCUCAGCUACAGAGAUGGAUCGAUCGCAUAUUAAUUUCUCCAUUUUAUUCAUCUCUUCGCCAGUUUCAUUUCUUAGUUUCAUUUUCUGUCUUGUCCUGAUCCAACGAAUGCAAAGUUACAAGGCCAGUAGUUAUAAAAUUUGGUUGUAAGUAACCAUUAGCUUCAACAAAGUUGAGUACCUUAACCUUAGAGCCCAUGUGAUAGAUUAAUGAAGAUUGGCAAUAUAUAUUUUGUAUUCUUGCCAUUGCCUUGUUAGAGUGAUAUUGCAAAUCAGUUUUGUGUUUACGAGGGCGCUACAGAAACUCCUUAGCGUUACAUUUGCUGGUGAACGGCACUGCUUUGUGAUUGCUGCAACGCCCGUAACCAACGUGUACUACGGACCACGGCCUUGGUAGUUGGGUGUCUCCGUUGUGCGGAGGGUUUACAAGGUACUAUGGAUCGUCCAUCUCAAGAGUAUUAGGUGUAUCUUCAAUGUAAUCAGUUCUUGGUUAUAAAUGUUUCUGUCAUCUACGCUCAGUUGCAAUAAAUAUAACAGUACAUGCACAAUGAGUCCGCAGUAGAAAUAAGCGUAAAAUGUAGUCUGUAUAAUGUAACCGAGUUGCGGAAAUAGUGACUCAUUCGUUUCUCCUCUGUUAACUGGGGAAAUUGAUGACCCUGCACCAGCGGAGGAUAUAUAUAAAGGCAAGAUCGCUGUACGUAGCAGUGGUUUCCUCCACCCGUUUCAUUGCCACGCCUCCUCAUGUAAGCGUUCUUUUACUGUACCAUAACUUCCAAUAUUUUUAUAACAGCUAAAGAUUCAUCCUCCAAACCACCUCAGUCUUGCCAAUAACCCUUCUGCAAAAUGUAGAUCUCCCUUUUGUUUUACGCAACGCCGUAUCCUUGGUAUGGAAUGGCAGUGCAUUCCAUACCAAGGUCUAUAUCAAUACUUACAAAGACCUUGUUCCAUACAGUUUCUUCAGUGCUCCUAGUGAACGCAAGACACCUAACUUGGUGAACUGAUAAAAAGACGACGUUUAAAAAUUAGGAACGAAGUUCUGUUGUACAGGAUAUAUGUGUUAUAUCAAUAGUUAUUUUUAUGUAUCAGUGUUCGCAUUUCUCAAUAAUGUGAGGAUUAUAAUAUAGUUUGUAGAUACACCCCAAAUGACAGGGACAUUGUGUAAGCAUUUCACACACAAAAAUAAGAUACCAAAA